AUGGAGCCGCGGUCGCCGAGCAGGGAAAUUGGGAGCCGAGAACGAUGGCUGCUUUAUGGCGUCCGAGUCGGAGAACGCCACGGGAGAAUACAGCUGCAGAUACAGACGCAUUACACAGCUGCAGCGACAGGCGCAUCUCACAGCUGCAGCCAGAGGCGCAUCACACAGCUGCAGCCACAGGCGCAUCACACAGCUGCAGCCACAGGCGCAUCACACAGCUGCAGAGACAGGCGGAUCACACAGCUGCAGAGACAGAAGCAUCACACAGCUGCAGAGACAGACGCAUCACACAGCUGCAGCCACAGACGCAUCACACAGCUGCAGCCACAGACGCAUCACACAGCUGCAGCCACAGACGCAUCACACAGCUGCGACGACAGACGCAUCACACAGCUGCAGCCACAGACGCAUCACACAGCUGCAGCCACAGACGCAUCACACAGCUGCGACGACAGACGCAUCACACAGCUGCAGCCACAGGCGCAUCACACAGCUGCAGAGACAGGCGGAUCACACAGCUGCAGAGACAGGCGCAUCACACAGCUGCAGCCACAGGCGCAUCACACAGCUGCAGCCACAGGCGCAUCACACAGCUGCAGAGACAGGCGGAUCACACAGCUGCAGAGACAGAAGCAUCACACAGCUGCAGAGACAGACGCAUCACACAGCUGCAGCCACAGACGCAUCACACAGCUGCGACGACAGACGCAUCACACAGCUGCAGCCACAGACGCAUCACACAGCUGCAGCCACAGACGCAUCACACAGCUGCGACGACAGACGCAUCACACAGCUGCAGCCACAGACGCAUCACACAGCUGCGACGACAGACGCAUCACACAGCUGCAGCCACAGGCGCAUCACACAGCUGCAGAGACAGGCGGAUCACACAGCUGCAGAGACAGGCGCAUCACACAGCUGCAGCCACAGGCGCAUCACACAGCUGCAGCCACAGGCGCAUCACACAGCUGCAGAGACAGGCGGAUCACACAGCUGCAGAGACAGAAGCAUCACACAGCUGCAGAGACAGACGCAUCACACAGCUGCAGCCACAGACGCAUCACACAGCUGCAGCCACAGACGCAUCACACAGCUGCGACGACAGACGCAUCACACAGCUGCAGCCACAGGCGCAUCACACAGCUGCAGAGACAGGCGGAUCACACAGCUGCAGAGACAGGCGCAUCACACAGCUGCAGCCACAGGCGCAUCACACAGCUGCAGAGACAGGCGGAUCACACAGCUGCAGAGACAGAAGCAUCACACAGCUGCAGAGACAGACGCAUCACACAGCUGCAGCCACAGACGCAUCACACAGCUGCAGCCACAGACGCAUCACACAGCUGCAGCCACAGACGCAUCACACAGCUGCGACGACAGACGCAUCACACAGCUGCAGCCACAGACGCAUCACACAGCUGCAGCCACAGGAGGAAAAAUGCAAAACGGCAAAAGUUUGGCAUCUAA